UCUAAGCCCUUUCUGGCAGGAAGUGAGUUAACCUUUUCAUGUAUCCACGCCUGCUGCCUUUUAACCACUGCCUAGUUCUGCAUCCAUCAGUUGCGGGCACACAAUGGGGUGGUCAGGUUGGUGUCUGGCAUUUUCUGUGAUCUUCUGUGGCUUUCCAUGGGCUGUUUUAAAUGCAGAUCUGCCGCCUCCAUGUGACAGUGACAUUUAUUGUAAGGGUGACCUGCUCCAUCAAGUUCAGCUCGCAAAGCUUUUUAAUGAUGACAAACACUUUGUCGACAUGGAUCUCCGAAACUCAUCAGAGGUGGUCUUGAGGGAGUUCACAACACUUAAUACUUCUGAGGGAGGUCGGGUGCCUAAGGAAAAGUUAAAACAAUUUGUUGAGACCUACUUCAAUCCUCCCGGGACAGAAUUUGAACCUUGGAACCCCCCAGAUUGGCAUGAAAAUCCUAGCAUCUUGAAGAACAUCUCUGAUUCUAACUUGCGGAACUUUGCCGUAGAACUUCAUGCCCUUUGGAAAUCUUUAGGGCGGAAGAUCAAAGACGAGGUGAGGAUCCAUCCAGAUCUGCACUCACAAAUCUUUGUUCCAAAUGCAGUGAUUGUACCAGGGGGUCGCUUCAGAGAGUUCUACUACUGGGAUUCUUAUUGGGUGAUUAAUGGGCUGCUCCUAUCUGAGAUGAAGGACACGGCAAGAGGAAUGAUAGAAAACUUUUUAUAUAUGGUAGAACGAUUUGGUCUUAUUCCCAAUGGUGGGCGGGUUUAUUACCUGAGAAGAAGCCAACCACCAUUCCUCACUCUGAUGAUGGACAGCUAUAUGGAAAAAUAUAAGAACCUCACUUUUCUAAGAAAUAGCAUAGAUAUCCUUGAGAAAGAGUAUGACUUCUGGAUGACAAAUCGAAGUGUGACAGUGAAUUUGCAAGGAAAAAUACACACUCUAAACCGUUACCAUGUACCUGUGGAUGGACCAAGGCCAGAAUCUUAUUCUGAUGACUAUGAGCUGGCUGAGAACCUCACAUCAGACUCUCGUCAGUCUCUUUGGACUGAGCUCAAAGCAGCUGCUGAGUCAGGAUGGGAUUUUUCCUCUCGCUGGUAUAACGGAUCAAGUACAGAGCUCAAGGACACAAGAACCAGCUUGGUGAUCCCUGUGGAUCUAAAUGCUAUCUUAUGCAGAGUAGAGAGAACCCUGGCCAAAUUCUAUCAAGAACUUGGUAUGCCAGAAAAGGAGACACGUUUCCGCUCUGCUCUAGAUGCCCGACACCAAGCCAUUCAAACAGUAUUGUGGGAUGAGGAUUGGGGUAUCUGGCUUGACUUCAAUAGGGAUACUCAGACCAGAAACCCAAACUUUUACCCAACUAACCUAGCUCCUCUAUGGGCUGCAUGUUACUCCAACCCUGGACUUGUGGAUAAAGUGGUGUCAUACUUGGAGAACAGCAAAGCUUUAUCCUAUAAGAAUGGGAUUCCCACUUCUCUCACCAACUCAGGACAACAAUGGGAUUUUCCAAAUGCCUGGCCUCCCUUACAGCAUAUAGUUAUUGAAGGGCUAGCUAUCUCAGGGUCCACAAGAGCUCAAGAUCUUGCAUUUUCUUUGGCACAGAACUGGGUUAGAAGCAAUUAUGCAGCCUAUAGGGAAUACAAGGCCAUGUUUGAGAAGUAUAAUGUAGAAGGAGAUGGAAAGCCAGGUGGAGGAGGAGAGUAUGAAGUACAGUUGGGCUUCGGCUGGACAAAUGGAGUCAUCUUUCAACUUCUGGACAAAUAUGGAUCCCGUCUUACCUCUGAUUGUGCUCAUUACCCCACAAUCUCUCUACCUUUGCUUAUAAUUUCCCUCUUUAUCAUAAUGUAAUGCCCCCCCCCUGUUGUUUCUUCUCAUGUGCCUUAAAUAUUCUUCUUUUUUAGAAAUCAGUUUUUCAGAAUGUGCAUUCAUUUGCAGGUCUCUGGUUGUUUAUUGUCUUCAAUUUGAAUUUUUCCUCUCUGUUUGACUUAUGAAUUCCAUAAUACUACUGCUUGUCAUUAAAAGUGUAUAUGAAUUAUACUGUUUUAGCAUACAAAACAACUGUGAUAUACUUGCUAAAUAAACACUUAACCUGCAGACUCA